AUGAGGCCGGACAUAAUAGCUUUGCCGGCCUCAUGGCCCAAGCAGCUAUUUGCCCUCACCCUGCUUUGGCAGCUCUUCCUCCUCCCCGCCGUUGACGCCAAAGCCGAUCCCAACAUCGUCGUUACCGACUUCGACCACUAUCCCUUCAACCUCAACUACUUUCCCGAUUCCGAUGUUGUCCUCUUCCAGGACCAGAGUGCCGGCGUUGUCUGGCGCUCUGCUGAUGCUGGUGCUAGCUGGGCCAAGGUCGAUGGCGUUGACGAGGGCAAGGCUGCCACCCUCAUUAUGCACCAGUACGACCCGACUCGCGCCUACAUCUUGACAGAGGGCAUGUAUCACUGGCGUACUGAAGAUCGCGGCAAGACCUGGUCUACCUUCUUCACCGAUGCUGAGCUCGACAUCUUUCAUCGGGGCGAGUGGCUGACCUUCCAUGCUUCCGACCCGGAUAAGAUCAUGUUCUACGGCCUAGACUGGAACAGUGGCUACUAUGACGAGGUUAUCAUGUACACAACCGAUGGUUUUGCGACCGAUGCCAAACUUCUUCGUGGCAAUACUGUUGGCUGUUGGUGGGCCAAGUCAUCUGAGCUGUUCACAACGGGCGACGAGAGAAAAGACAGUAGCCGUGCGCUCUGCAUUGUCCGUGGCGACUGGUCUUCCCACAAGGAGGAUUACCGACUGCUGAUAUCAGACAACUACUUCAGCGCCGAGAGCUCUGAUGGCGUCAUUCAGGAAGAAGAGCCCAAGCUCAAUGGCUAUGCAGCUGUGCAGGGUGUCAUCAACAUCGCCGCCGUCAAAAAGUACAUACUCGUGGCAACGGCAUCCAAAUAUACCGACGAGAUGGCCCUGUACGUGACCGACGACACCAAACGCUGGCAUCGCGCAGUCUUUCCUAGCGAUCACCGUAUCAAUCAGCAGGCCUACACUGUCUUGGAGGGUACCAACUAUAGCGUGCAGAUUGAUGUCAUGAAUGGACGACCUUCCAACCCUACCGGUGUUUUGCUGACCAGCAACUCCAAUGGUACAUACUUUACUCAAGCUGCCGAGCACAUUAACCAGAACGGCAUAGGCCACGUCGAUUUCGAAAAGAUCUCUGGCAUUCAGGGCAUUUUCCUCAUCAAUCAGGUUAGCAAUUGGGAAGAUGUCGAAGAGAAAGGUAACGAUGUGGCCAAGAAGGUCAAGACCAAGAUCACCUUCGAUGACGGAAGAACCUUUGAGACCGUUCGCGCUGGCGACAAGGAUAUACACCUCCACUCUGUGACUGAAAUGAAUAAUGUCGGCCGAGUCUUCUCCAGUCCCGCACCCGGCCUCGUCAUGGGCAACGGCAAUACUGGUGACUAUCUUGAGCCUUACUCGAAAGCAGAUCUAUACGUCUCCGAUGACGCAGGCAGGACCUGGCUGAAGGGACUCGACGGUCCGCACAAGUACGAAUUUGGAGACCAGGGUUCCAUUCUCCUGGCCAUCCCGGACAGCAAGGAAAAUGACGUCUCAGAGAUCAAGUACUCGCUCAAUCACGGCAAAGAAUGGUCCAAAGUCAAGCUGCCCAAGGACUUGAAGAUCCGCCCCUGGAUCCUUACCACUACUCAAGACUCGACCAGUCUGACCUUUAUCCUUACAGCAGAGUCAUCCGAUUCCAAGUACCACAUCAUCCAGGUCGACUUUGAAGGUUUGCACGAGGACACCUGCAAGGAGUCCGACAUGGAAGACUGGUUCGCCAGGAAGGACGAUGACGGCAACCCAAGCUGUCUCAUGGGCCAUACCCAAAAGUAUCACCGGCGCAAGAAGGAUGCGGAAUGUUUCAUCAAGCAGGAGUUCAAAGACCCUGUGCCCAUCUCUGAGCCCUGUGACUGCAGCGAUGCUGACUUUGAGUGUGACUUCAACUUUGUCAGAAAGGAUGGCAAGUGUGAGAAGGCAGGCCCAAUCAUCCCGCCUGCGGGCGCUUGCGAGAAGGGGGACCCAGAUGAGACAUUCAAAGGUACGAGUGGCUGGCGCUUGGUACCAGGAAACGAUUGCAAACGCAAGAACGGUGCGCAGAAGGAUGAGCCCAAGGAGUGGAAAUGCUCAGAUGCCAUCAUGGCUCCUGGAAGUGGCGAGGCGAGUGGCGAUAUCAAUAGCACUCGUACUUCGCUCAAAGGUAAUUUCGCAUCAUUUGAUAAGCAUUAUCUCGAACACGGCGACUCGAGUUCCACAGCAGACGAGACUAUCAUCAUGAGACCGGUGGGUCCCGGAGGUACAAGUGCUGGAGACAUAAUGAUCACUCACGAUCACGGCAAGUCGUGGACCACGCCUAAGCAACUGGAGGGCGAGAACAUCUGGGCCAUCUCGUCGCACCAGUACUACAAGGACAUGGUCUUCUUCCUUACAUCCAAAGGCAAGGUCAUCUACACUGUCGACCGAGGACAGCAUUUCUACUCGUUCAACACUCCUUACCCUCCAGACACGAGUCGGUUUGCUUCCCCGUGGUCCUUUCAUCCCGACCAAAAAGACUGGCUCAUUUUCCACGGCCAAAGCUGUGAUGGCGGCGUUUGUCAUGAUAUUGCCUCGGUAUCUCGAGACCGUGGCGACAACUGGGAGACACUGUCGCGUUUCGUGUGGCGGUGCGAGUUUACGGGCUCUCAGGCCUACCGAGGAUACGGGAGACCUGAAAAACAAGUCGUCUGUCUCCAGCGGGAGCGCGAGGACAAUGAGAAGGAAAACCCACUCAACCUGAUUUACACGGACGACUUCAUUGAGGAUAAGGGCAACAUGAAGAUCCUCCAUCGCAACACUCGCGACUUUGCCACCAUGGCCGAAUUCAUCGUCGUCGCCACGGAAAAUCGUACGGCUGAUACGCUGCACGCCUGGGCCAGUGUCAAUGGACGUGACUACUCUCAGGCCCACUGGCCCUACAACUUUGAGGUCGACCAUGAGCGACUCUACACUGUGUUGGACAGCUCGACGCAUGCAGUGAACCUCUUUGUGGCGACCAAGGGCGAGACGGAAGACGACAAGUCACGCCGUUUUGGUUCCAUCCUCAAGAGUAAUUCGAAUGGCACAUCUUAUGUGCUUAGCAUCUCUGGAGUCAAUUGCGACGAAAGUGGCUAUGUGGAUUUCGAAAAGAUGCUUGGUAUCCAGGGUGUCAUCAUGGUAAACACAGUGUCAAACCCCAGUGCCGUUACCGAGUCCAAGAAGCUUCAAACCAAGAUCAGUCAUAACGAUGGUGCCGAAUGGGCCUUCUUGCCGCCGCCCCAGAAAGACCUGGAUGGAAAGUCGUUCUGCCAGAGCAAAUCGGGCGACGAAAACUGCGCUCUCCACAUCCACGGGUACACUGAACGGGCUGACCAUGGCAAGACCUAUUCCUCGGAGAGCGCCGUUGGCAUCAUGUUUGGCUGGGGCAAUGUCGGUGCUUCGUUGGGUGACAUCAAAGACGCCGAUACUUACAUGACGAUUGAUGCUGGCAUCAGCUGGAAAAUGGUCAAGAAGGGUCGCUGGAGCUGGUCGUUUGGCGAUCAGGGAUCCAUCAUUGUCCUGGCCCCGCGCGAGGGCCGGACCAAAUCCGUCUCGUACACGACCGAUGAGGGAGAGACAUGGCAGGACUAUACAUUUUCCGAUUCAGAGGUCACAAUCACGGACAUAACAACACUUCGCUCCGGCGCCUCUCGCAACUUUCUGUUGUGGGGUAAUGAUGGGGACAAGUUGUUCACUGUCAACUUGGAUUUCUCUGGCUUGGCGGGUCGGCAGUGCAUAUACGACGAGAAAAACUCUGAGAAGUCAGACUACAACCUGUGGAGUCCAAAGCAUCCGAAGCAGGCCAACGACUGUCUCUUUGGCCAUAAGGCGCAGUACCUGCGGAAGAAGCCGGGACGUGAUUGUUUCAAUGGAGAGAAGCUGCAGCACCUCUGGGGCUUCAACAACUGCACCUGCACACGGCAGGACUACGAAUGGCAAUUGGACAAACAUGGUCAGUGUCAGCUGGUACCAGGCUAUCAGCCCAUGUCUCUUGAGCAGUAUUGCAGUGAAAACCCAAAUGCAGACGAAUACUAUGAGCCUUCUGGAUACCGCCGCAUCCCUCUCACUACUUGUUCCGGCGAAGGUGCCAACGAGAUGGACAAGACGAAAGCGGUUCACCCGUGCCCAGGCAAAGAGGAAGAAUUCGAGCGCAAGCACUCGACAUCGGGCGUCGCCAUCUUCUUUGCGAUUGUCAUCCCCGUUGGUUUGGCGGGUGCUGUUGGCUGGUGGGUAUGGCGCAACUGGAAUGGCAAGUUUGGCCAGAUCCGACUUGGUGACCAAGGUAGCACUUUUGACAGCGAGUCUCCGGUGGUCAAGUACCCGGUCAUUGUCAUCUCUGCCGUGGCAGCAGUGGUCGCAGCUCUGCCUCUGAUCGCAUCGAGCAUAUGGCGGAGCGCAACAUCUGUUUUUGAAAGGUUCAGUGGCAGAGGAGGCUCGAGUUACAGCUGGCUCGGGAACGGCGGGCCCAGACGGUUCACCACACGCGACAGCUUUGCACGCGGAAGAGCCGACUACGCCAUUGUCGACGAGGACGAAGGCGAAUUACUUGGCGAUGACAGCGAUGAAGAUAUGUGA